CUCGGUCUUCUAAUCGGGGAAGAGAUGCUCGUGUCAGUUGCGGAUGAGCUAUAAAUAAGCUUCUGUUUACGCCAAAACUCUCUAACACCUCAACAACUGAACAAACCCAAACCCUCCCAAAAAACAAAUUCUCUCUCGUUCUUGCUCUGUUCCCAGUCUCACCCUUUUCAGGCAGUCGGUAGGGUAGGAGUUUCGUCACAAGAAGCCCUUCAAAACUCACCCAAAGCGCUUCUUUGUUAAACAGCCGUUGCUGUAUCGACUCAGAUGGAGGAUAGCAAAGAAACAGUCAAAGAUGCCCGGUAUGCUGUUGACAACAGUGUGACGAUGAUGAUGGACACAGAGGAAGAAAAUGAGGAAUCAACUCAUCCAAUGGUGGAUGCACAAGAUGAGGAACCACCUCAGUUUGAGGGCACAGGAGCAAGAUCCAUCCACUCUAAGGAUGACCCAAACCCAGAAAACAAUGACUGCCCCGAAUUGACUAAAGAAGGCCACUUGCUUGAGGAACAAGGUGUGGUUGAAACUCCUGUAGUUGUUGAUGCUAAAGUCACAUCAAAUGUGGAUCCCCCUAUUGCACUUAGUGCUGAGGAUGACAUGAGAGAGGAAUCAAAGCAUGUGGUGACUGAGGUGGAGUCGCCUCAGGACAAUGAAACAAAGGAGGAGGAAAUGAACAAUGAGGUGACAGGAGUUGGGCCCUUAUCAGACAAUGACAAGGAGGAGAGACUGAACAAUGGGAUGACUACGAUGGAGUUGCCUGUGGACACUGAAAUAAUGGAGGAGGAAUCGAACAAUGUUGUGACUGGGAUGGAGUUGACACCAUACAAUGGAAUAAAGGAGGAAUUACCGAAGCAAGAUUUAGUUCAUGUGAAGAGCUCAAACAAUUCAUUUUUAUUGGCGCCAAAUGCCGUUGGUGACGAGUCAGGAACUGAGGAGGACCAAGCAGCAUUCAUGAAGGAGCUAGAAACUUUCCAUAAGGAGAGGUGUUUGGAAUUUAAACCGCCUAGGUUCUAUGGAGAACCACUAAAUUGCCUCAAGUUAUGGAGAGCUGUCGUGAGACUUGGUGGCUAUGAACAGGUAACUUCAUGCAAGUUGUGGCGGCAAGUUGGAGAAUCAUUUAAACCCCCGAAGACCUGCACUACUGUCUCAUGGACAUUCCGAUGUUUUUAUGAAAAGGCACUAUUGGAAUAUGAAAAGCAUAAAAUGCGUUGUGGUGAGCUCCCUUUCAAUGAUGUUUCUUUUACGGAGCCCACCAGUGCUGGUAAUCAGGUGGGCCACAAUCAAGCUUCAGGAUCAGGUAGAGCAAGAAGGGAUGCUGCAGCUCGUGCAAUGCAGGGUUGGCAUUCUCAGCGUCUUCUUGGUAAUGGUGAGGUUGGGGACCCAAUUAUCAAGGAUAAGAAUUCAACAUCUACACCAAAGCGUGAAAAACAACUUAAAAGCAUUGGUUUGCUAAAGCGCAAAAAGUCAUCUCCUGUUGAGCGUGCUGUCAAAGUUGCACGCUUGAAAGCAUCAAAGCCACAAUUGGACACAAUGGUUGUUGAUAUCGGGCCUCCUGCAGAUUGGGUAAAGAUUAAUGUGCAAAAAACUAAAGACUGCUUUGAGGUGUAUGCUUUAGUUCCAGGUCUUUUGCGUGAGGAGGUGCGUGUACAAUCUGAUCCAGCUGGGCGCUUGGUAAUAUCUGGUCAACCAGAGCAGCUGGAUAAUCCUUGGGGUGUCACUCCAUUCAAAAAGGUUGUCAGUCUACCUUCUAGGAUUGAUCCUCAUCAGACGUCUGCUGUUGUCACUCUGCACGGCCAGCUGUUUGUUCGUGUACCAUUCGAGCAGUCUGAUCUGUAGAAUGUGUAGAUGAUCGUAUAUUACUCCAUGUGCAGAUAUUUCUCCCUUUUGUUCAUUCAAGAGAAUUAGAGAAUCUUUUUGGAAGAAAGGCAGGCGCCAAAUUCAGAUGUUGAUGCAAGUUUUACUCCCGCAGUCCAUGCUUACAUGUGAAACUUAUCGAUGUGUUGCUAACUUAUCCAGUUGGGUAUGUCUUUAGUUGCCUUUUAGUUUUUGUACCUGUGUCUAGCUUUUGUUAUAAAUUAUUAUGGCUGGAUCAUCCAACACAAAGGUAGCCUGUCUUGGAACCUUAUGUUUUAUCUUUUAGAAGGUUGGAAAUUUUUUUUAUAUAUGGGUAUUCAGGGCAUUCAGGCCAUUUAAUUUCUUA